AUUCGUUUUUUUUUUUCCUUUUCCGGUUUUUUUUGUUCGCUCUCUUUCUCAGACUCUCAACCGGCAAGAACAAGCAGACGUAUUCGGAUCGGGGUCCGAUAAUCCGGCGUCUUUCUGAUCUAGGGUUUUCCCUUUCCUUUCACAUUCCAAUUUGUUCUUGUUAUCCACUCUCCGUUGCUGUGAUUUGGAGUUCCGAUUCGUGUCUCCUGUCUUGGCUCGAGAUCCGGGCCAAGCACAGAAGAAUACCACUCCUACAAGUGUUUUCUUUCGGUUCAUUGCGUCUCCCAGUGCUCGCCGAUAGGUAUUCGCAUCUCCAGCAUAAAUGGCCUCGAAUGAAGGAUUUCUGACUGAAGAGCAGCGGGAAGUGCUGAAAGUAGCAACUCAAAAUGUGGAUAUUUUAUCAUCCUCUCCAAAGUCUCCCAAAAGCUCACUUCCUGAAUAUCGUAUAAAAGCCCCUUCUGGUGGGAACGUCCCGGCACCUGGAGCUAAUGUGAAGCACGUGCGUAGAUCUAACUCUGGGAAGUAUAUUAGGGUGAAAAAGGAUGGGGCUGGUGGAAAGGGCACCUUGGGUAAAUUGCUUGACACUGAUGAUGAUUCUCAUACUGACAGAAAUGAUCUUAACUAUGACAGUGGCGAGGAACGAUAUCAACUUGUUGGGUCGACUGCAUCAGAUCCCUUAGAUAAUUUUAAGAAAUCUGUUGUAUCUAUUAUAGAGGAAUACUUUAGCGCUGGUGACGUGGAAUUGGCUGCAUUUGAUCUUGGAGAUCUAGGCUCAAGUAACUAUCAUCCUUACUUUAUUAAACGGCUAGUAUCUAUGGCAAUGGACAGACAUGAUAAGGAGAAGGAAAUGGCUUCAGUUCUGUUAUCAGCUUUGUAUGCCGAUGUUAUCAGUCCUGCCCAUAUAAGAGAUGGAUUUUUUAUGUUACUUGAAUCUGCUGAUGAUCUUGCUGUCGAUAUACCAGACGCAGCUGAUAUCCUUGCUUUGUUCUUAGCUCGUGCUGUAGUUGAUGACAUACUUCCCUUAGCAUUUCUAGCCAGGGCAAGGAAGGCAUUGUUGGAACCAUCCAAAGGAACUCAGGCUAUCCAAACUGCCGAGAAGAGCUAUCUCUCUGCUCCACAUCAUGCCGAACUUGUGGAGAAAAAAUGGGGAGGCAGCACACAUUUUACAGUUGAGGAAGUGAAGAAAAAGAUAGCUUAUCUCUUAAGGGAAUAUGUUGAGAAUGGAGAUACCAUCGAGGCUUGCAGAUGUAUAAGGCAGUUAAGCGUUUCAUUCUUUCAUCAUGAGGUUGUGAAGAGGGCUUUGAUUCUUGCCAUGGAGAUCCGAAAAGCAGAACCCCUGAUUCUGAAGCUUCUGAAUGAAGCUGCUGAAGAAGGUCUGAUAAGCUCAAGUCAAAUGAUUAAGGGGUUUUCUAGGCUGGCGGAGAGCCUUGACGACCUUGCUCUUGAUGUACCAUUGGCAAAAUCGUUGUUUGAAUCGUUGGUCCUGAGGGCCAUAUCUGAAGGAUGGCUCGAUGCUUCCUUCAUGAAAUCUUCGGAUGAAGAUAUAGAUGUUGGAUCUACAGAUGAAAAGUUGAGGCGCUAUAAGGAAGAGGUUGUAACUAUAAUUCAUGAAUAUUUUCUUUCAGAUGACAUUCCUGAAUUAAUAAGAAGCCUAGAAGAUCUUGGUGCACCCGAGUAUAAUCCAAUCUUUUUGAAGAGGCUGAUUACACUUGCAAUGGAUAGGAAAAACAGAGAAAAAGAAAUGGCUUCCGUGCUCCUUUCAGUUCUUCACAUCGAGAUAUUUUCUACGGACGAUAUAGUCAAUGGUUUUGUAAUGCUACUUGAGUCUGCAGAAGAUACAGCCCUAGACAUUUUGGAUGCAUCAAAUGAGCUUGCUCUCUUUCUAGCCAGAGCUGUGAUUGAUGACGUCUUGGCUCCUCUAAAUCUCGAGGAUAUCGCUUGUAGGUUGAUCCCAAAUUGUACAGGUAGUGAAACUGUUCGAAUGGCCCGGUCAUUAAUUGCAGCUCGGCACGCUGGUGAGCGGCUUUUAAGAUGCUGGGGUGGUGGAACUGGCUGGGCAGUAGAGGAUGCGAAAGACAAGAUUCAGAAGCUCUUAGAGGAGUACGAAAGUGGAGGAGUUGUGAGUGAAGCUCUUCAGUGCAUCCGUGAUCUAGGGAUGCCUUUCUUCAACCACGAGGUUGUGAAGAAGGCAUUGGUUAUGGCCAUGGAGAAGAAGAACGACAGGAUUCUAGAUCUUCUACAGGAAUGCUUCAAUGUUGGCCUGAUCACCAUCAACCAAAUGACCAAAGGCUUCUCUAGGAUCAAAGACAGCCUCGACGAUCUCGCACUCGAUAUUCCAAAUGCAAGCAAGAAAUUCACUUCCUAUGUGGAGCACGCCCAAAAGAAAGGAUGGCUUUUACCAUCCUCCUUCGGAUCAUCUGGGGAUGCAGCAGAUUCUUCAGUGCUCUUGGCUGCAGCUUCCUGAGGGAAAAAACAGAGUUUUAGAUUGUUCAAUCUCUUCUACACCGUUUCGAAGUGCCACGAGCUCUCCUCUGCUGCAUGCUUUGACUCAUCUUAAGGUAGAAUAGUAGAUCAGAUAAUGAUGAUGAGAUCUUUUCCUUCUUCCUCCUCGUGAUGAUGGUCUUACUUUAGCAGAGGCCUGAUAAGGAGAUAAUAAAUAUGAUGAUCCUUUGCCAAUGUAUAAAAAUCUCGGCUUCUGCUUCUUAUUUUUUCUCCUUUUUCUUCACUGUUCUUCGGAACUUUAGGGGUAAGUGUUGUGAUAUGAUGUUUAGACAGGAUCUUUUAUAUCUCAUAAUAUGUUCUUCUGCUGCUGCUGCUUCGCACAACAUGGAAACAAAGGGCAUGCUUUGUUUCACUAAAUCACUAAAUCACUACUAAUUUUCUUCUCGUGCUUUUUUUCUUCUCUUUUGUUUAUUUUUGUAUUAGGCCUUUCAAUUACGGGCAUGCUUUUUCUUCCAUGUAAAUGCCCUUCUUUGUUUGGUCCUCGAGAUUGAGUUCACAGAGUUAUGGAGAUUUAAUCUACUUUUCUUAGGUUUC